GUUCUUGCAAAUGCAUAGUGUUUUCACCUCCAUCGUAAUGAAACCCGUGAAAUUCAGUGAAAAUUUAUAAAUUUUUCGCAAAAAACAGUGAAAUUUUGUGUGAAUUAUAAUCCAAAUUUAUGCAUUAAGCAACAUCGCAAAUAACUGAGCAACCAAAAAGAUGGCUCGUCAGCUCCCAAAUCAACUGAAAAUUUCCGAAAAACUCAUUAUUCUCAAUGAUCGUGGAAUCGGUAUCCUAACACGGAUCUACAAUAUAAAGAAAGCAUGUGGCGACACCAAAUCGAAGCCCGGCUUUCUUUCUGAGAAGUCACUCGAAUCAUCAAUCAAGUUCAUAGUAAAACGGUUUCCUAAUAUAGACAUCAAAGGCCUGGCUGCUAUCACCAACAUCAAAUUGGAGAUAAUAAAAUCUCUUUCUUUGUACUAUUACACGUUUGUCGAUCUGCUGGACUUCAAGGACAAUGUAUGUGAAAUACUGACAACAAUGGAUACCUUACAGAUCCACCUCGAUAUCACUUUGAAUUUCGAGCUUUCGAAAAAUUAUCUGGAUCUUGUCACGACGUACGUGUCGCUGAUGAUACUCCUGUCGCGAGUAGAAGAUCGCAAAGCCGUGCUCGGUCUUUUCAACGCUGCAUAUGAAAUGCAGCACCAGCAGAGUGACCAAAGCUUCCCACGACUCGGACAGAUGAUCAUCGACUACGAUGCACCAGUGAAAAAGCUUGCCGAUGAGUUCAUACCCCAUCAGCGACUGCUGUCCAGUGCGAUUACAUCACUAACCAAAAUCUAUCCGAUGAGAAAUUUAAGUGCGGAAAAAUGGCGCGAAUUACAGUUGCUAAGUUUGGUUGGCACCCCGGCCACGCUGCUAAAAGCUGCCAAAACCGACACAAUGUCCUGCGAGUACGUGUCGCUGGAAACUUUAGAUCGCUGGGUAAUUUUUGGUUUGAUGUUAAACCAUCAGGUCUUGGGGCAUCAAGAGUUGAUCACUUCUAUGUGGAUUUCUGCGUUAGAUUCGAGCUGGGUGGUCGCAUUGUUCCGAGACGAGGUCAUCUACAUUCAUCAGUACAUUCAAAAUACAUUCGAGGGUAUGAAGGGCUACGGCAAGCGCAUAUCUGAAGUAAAAGAAUGCUAUAAUCAAGCUGUCCAGAAAGCGGGACUCUUGCAUCGUGAGAGAAGAAAAUUCCUGAGAACAGCUUUAAAGGAACUGGCUCUCAUUAUGACUGACCAGCCAGGACUUUUAGGGCCGAAGGCUCUCCUGAUUUUCAUUGGUUUAUGCUACGCUAGAGACGAGAUUUUAUGGCUGCUCCGGCACAACGAUAAUCCUCCAGUCGUAAAAAGCAAAGGGAAAUCAACGGAAGAUUUGGUAGAUCGGCAACUGCCGGAACUGUUGUUCCAUAUGGAAGAACUUCGUGCGUUGGUUCGAAAAUACAGCCAGGUUAUGCAACGAUACUACGUUCAGUACUUGUCCGGCUACGAUGCUAUCGAUUUGAACUUCAAGAUGCAGCAAUUGCAGGUAUGUCCCGAGGAUGAAAGCAUUAUCCUUUCCUCGCUAUAUAACACAGCUGCAUCGCUCAACGUGAAACAAGUCGAAGAAAAUGAAACUUUCGACUUCCGUGCGUUCCGACUGGACUGGUUCCGGCUGCAAACAUUCAUGAGCGCCAAAUCAGCCAUCCGCAUUGUUGACUUCCCAGAUUUGGCCCGUCUGCUAGACUCGAUGGUAUUCCACACUAAGAUGGUGGACAAUCUUGACGAGAUUCUUGUGGAAACCUCUGAUUUGUCAAUUUUCUGUUUCUACAACAAAAUGUUUGAGGAUCAAUUUCACAUGUGCUUGGAAUUUCCUGCGCAAAAUCGCUACAUAAUUGCAUUCCCGUUGAUCUGCAGUCACUUUCAGAAUUGCACCCAUGAAAUGUGUCCGGAAGAGCGUCAUCACAUCAGGGAACGCUCAUUGUCGGUGGUGAACAUGUUCUUGGACGAAAUGGCAAAGGAAGCCAAAAAUAUCAUAACCACUAUAUGCGACGAGCAGUGUAUGAUGGCCGACGCAUUGCUUCCGAAACAUUGCGCCAAAAUCCUCUCUGCCGCUGCAAGUCGAAAAAAGAAAGAUAAGAAUAAAAAACAUAUGGACGACAUCCGACGUCCAGGUGAUGAAAGUUACCGAAAAACACGGGAAGAAUUAACAACGAUGGACAAACUUCACAUGGCUCUAACCGAACUCUGUUUCGCUAUCAACUAUUGCCCUACAGUUAACGUGUGGGAAUACGCCUUCGCUCCUAGAGAAUAUCUUUGCCAGCACCUUGAAACACGCUUCUCCAGAGCUCUCGUUGGAAUGGUGAUGUACAGCCCAGACACUAUGGAAAUUGCUAAACCCUCUGAACUCUUAGCUUCCGUACGAGCCUAUAUGAAUGUGCUACAGACAGUUGAAAACUAUGUCCACAUCGACAUCACGAGAGUGUUCAACAACUGCUUACUGCAACAAACACAAGCCCAAGAUACUCAUGGCGAAAAAACAAUUGCAGCCCAUUACAACACUUGGUAUUCAGAUGUUCUCUUGAGAAAAGUCAGUGGAGGAAACAUCGUGUUUUCAUUGAAUCAAAAAGCUUUCGUUAGCAUAACUCCAGAGGGGUGCAUUCCAUUUAAUCCUGAAGAAUUUUCUGACUUCAACGAAUUACGCGCCUUAGCCGAAUUGAUAGGUCCCUACGGAAUAAAACUGUUGAACGAAUCGCUGAUGUGGCAUAUUGCCAACCAAGUUCAGGAACUCAAACGAAUGGUUGCACUCAACAAAGAAGUUCUCAUAAUUCUGCGCAGCAACUUCGAUAAACCGGAAAUCAUGAAGGAACAAUUUAAGCGCCUCCAACAGGUGGACAAUGUGUUGCAACGAAUGACGAUUAUUGGAGUAAUUCUGAGCUUCCGCCAGCUUGCCCAAGAAGCGCUGGUAGAUGUUUUAGAUCAACGUAUCCCAUUCCUCUUAUCAUCUGUAAAAGAUUUCCAAGAGCAUGUUCCGGGUGGCGACCCGCUCAAAACCGUAUCCGAAAUGGCCUCUGCAUCAGGACUCAAGUGCAAAGUUGACCCGGCAUUAUCGAAUGCACUAAAAGCACAGAAACCGGAAAUUGACGAUGGCGAACACUUGAUAGUUUGUCUCUUGAUGGUAUUCGUAGCUGUUUCCAUUCCAAAGUUGGCCAAAAACGAGAAUUCCUUCUAUCGGGCUUCCCUCGAAGCACACACCAACAACACUCAUUGCAUGGCAGUUGCUAUUAACAAUAUCUUUGGUGCAAUGUUCACAAUCUGCGGGCAGAACGAUAUAGAAGAUAGGAUGAAGGAAUUCCUAGCCCUCGCCAGCUCAUCGCUGCUGAGGCUGGGCCAAGAAUCAGACAAGGAAGCGAUCAAGAAUCGGGAAUCGAUAUACCUUCUGCUGGACCAAAUAGUUCAAGAGUCACCAUUCCUCACGAUGGAUUUACUCGAGUCGUGCUUCCCGUAUGCGCUAAUCAGAAAUGCAUACCACGCUGUUUAUAAGCAGGAACAGUUGAUGCACUAAACUCGAAACGUCGUUAUUUGGAUGUGGUAACGAUGCAUAUGCUUUUACCCGAUUCAAACUAUUCUUACCAAAAGAAUAAGCAAAAUCUACGUAUAAUUUAAAUCUAUAUUAUGUAUCAACCAUUUAAAUAUAAAUAAUUCCAUAAAAGCUUUCGUCACUUGUCAUCACCUACGGAAUGACAUGAUUAUUUCAUAGAAACUAUGAACAUUGUAACGUUUUAGUAGCACUAAGAUUAGAAUGCUACUAUCGAAUAAUAAAUUAUAUAAAAUAUAUGAUAUUCACAGUCAUGCGGCAUGUAAAUUGUAGCGUCAUUUGUAAACGGCAAUAUUUCGUAAAAUCAUAGAAAUAAAGUAUCUAUUUCUAGAAUGCAUUUCAA